ACUGCAACGAAAAGGAUUUGAAGGGAUGCAUGUUUGCUUUCUCUAAGUGAAGUCGGAUACAAAUUGUCUAAAGGAGCACAAUUAGUAAAUGAGAAAUUGCAUCGGCAUCCUCACGCGGUUGAGGCCAAGUUGAUUAGGAACCGAGGAUAGCACAAGCAGCAUUUUUUUCUGCGUAAUUCGCAGCAAGAAUUCAGAUUUGACACGGACAGCAUACGGUGAGACUACGCAUUAUGCGUAGGAAUCGAUCGCAAAACAUUUCCUGGAUCCUAUUUCGGCGUUGAGAAGGUAAAUACUGUCAGUGACUACAGAUGAUCACAGGUCCCCCCCUCCCCAACAGCACAGAGGCUAUCAGGCAAAUGGUAGCCGCUGUGAGUCGGGCGAAGAGCGAGAGACCAAACCCGGAAGAUUUCGGACAGAUGGAAUAGAAAGAAUGCUGCUCUCUCAAAAUGCAUCACAGUAGACGGAUAAGCUGACCAAACAAAUAUACAGCAAACGUUCAGCGCUGAUUAUGACGCUGGGGUUUAAAUAAUAUGUUUUAAACUGUCCGAGAACUGACAAAAUGCAUGUGCAAACUGAUCAGCUGGAUUGUUGAAAUGACUUGGUCGGCGCUGACGCUGUCUGAUGGCUCAAACUGCAUAAUAGCCAAAUGGCAUUUUAUUUUGCGUCGACUUGACGUUUGGAUCUCCAAUAUUGGAUCAGUUGUCUAGCUAAAAGUUCGGAUGAAAGUAAACAACUGGUGCAAUGUUAAACUACAUGGUCCGGAGCGUAAUGUACUGUUCGUGCUGAAGCGUAUGGGUCCUGCGUACUCAAGCUCCCGACUCCCACACAAAAAGGAUUGUCUCUGUUGCGGGGGGUGCAGUGCAGUAGCUGUCACAGCUCCACAUCUGGCUACUGACUGGAUAGUUAACUAGCUAGCUAGCUAACUGUUUUUCCUCUUGGGAAGCUAGUGAGGUUGAAUGAGUUUCUGCAUCAUUCGAGAGAAAGAUUGCUUUGUGAAAUCACCUCGGUGGUUAUCGUGUUCCGAAGAAGGGACCUGUAUUUUGGACAAUAUCUGAGAUCAAUCGAACAGUUUGAAGUGGUUCACAGCUGUCUUCUUAGCGAAAACACAUAAGGACUUUGCGUAAGUCACGUAUUUUUAAAGGCAAAGAUAGGGUGACAUUGCAGUCUCAUCAUAUUGGAAAUAACGUCGCCCGACAAAAAAAAAGUGAAAGUGGGGCAUUGUCCGUCACACGUAUUAACGCAGUGGGAUUUGUACGUCUGGUCGGCGUUUCCCCCCACCCUUCCCUUGGUGACGGUGAUGGGUCGGAAGCGGUGUGUCGGUGCAGAUUGUUCCAAGAUGGCGGCCGGGUGCUGCGGGGUGAAGAAGCAGAAGCUGUCGGGAUCCCCCGGGUCGGGGGGUCCUGGCGGGGUGGGGGCGGGAAACGGAGUGGCAGGGACCGGACAUUGUGGAUCGGACUUGGGGAUUGGUUCCUCCUCGACUGUGGCGGCAGGGAACAUGAAUCGAGUGAACGGCCUGGGGUGUCCUGGGGGUAGUAGUAGUAGCACCAACGCGUUGUCCCCAACCCCGGGAGGCUACAACUCAACUGGCCUCUCCCCGAAUCUAAGCCCGGGAUCUGGUUCGGGAAGUGGAGGCAGGAAGAUGGUUGUUUCGGCGGAGAUGUGCUGCUUCUGUUUCGACGUGCUUUAUUGCCAUCUGUAUGGAUACCAACCUCCCCGAACACCUAGGUUUACAAACGAUUCCUACCCGCUGUUUGUCACAUGGAAAAUAGGCAGAGACAAGCGGUUGAGGGGAUGUAUAGGUACAUUUUCUGCCAUGAACCUCCACCCAGGACUCAGGGAGUACACCCUUACCAGUGCCCUUAAAGACAGCCGCUUUCCCCCCGUGACGAGGGACGAGCUGCCACGCCUCUUCUGCUCGGUGUCUCUGCUCACCAACUUCGAGGACGUCGGUGAUUACCUUGACUGGGAGGUGGGUGUUCAUGGCAUUAGGAUAGAGUUUUUCAAUGAAAAAGGAUCAAAACGUACCGCCACCUACCUACCAGAGGUCGCAAAAGAGCAAGGAUGGGACCACAUUCAGACCAUAGAUUCCUUACUACGAAAGGGAGGCUACAAAGCUCCCAUCACAAAUGACUUCAGGAAGACCAUUAAGUUGACCAGGUACCGUAGCGAGAAGAUGACAAUGAGCUAUGCUGAGUACAUUGCCCACCGCCAGCACCAUCACUACCAGAAUGGCACCGGGCACCCUCUACCCCCAUACAACCAUUAUUCCUGACAGCGAGCCGCAUGACCAAUCACUGAACCUCUCUGCGGACCUUUUCCCAGGAGAGCCCGCCCCCUCCUGGUCUAGUUAUCUCUACUACUGUACCAUUUUAUGAUGAUAGUUUCCGUUGCCAUGCUGACGCUCUCCCAGACGUUGACGUGGCAACGGGUGGCAAAAUGAGCAUCAAUUGAUAAUGACGAGAAAAAACAAAAAUCUUUUAUUUUUAUCCUCCUAUUGAUUUCAUUUUUGCAGCAUAUAUAUCAAUAUAACCCCUUUUAGUUUUUAUUUUUGUUCUCAAAUACUGAAUUUUCCUAAAUGUGUUAUUUUCAAACAAUCCUAAUCAGGCUUUUGAUUCUGUGGAUGGAAGCAAGUCAUAUAUGUGGUGAAUUCGUAAUGCAUAAAGGUAUAGGCUCAUAUUUUGUGUAGGGCUUAGCUACAGUGUCCCAUCUAUUAGGGAAAUGUUUUUCUUUUCCUGUUGAAUCCUUUCUUAGUAGCCAGCUUGGCAUGAUGUGUGUCAUGUGGCAAGCCAACAGCCGUUCUGGAAGAAUCAAUCUUUUCUUCAAUUUUGCGAUUCUUCUCAAGAAAUGGACUUAGGUUGGUUUGGCCUUUUGUAACCCGUUGUAGUGUUGUAGAUUGUAGGGUUGUGAGGCCACGCCACUAGUAUUUGCUGGUCUUUUUUAUUACAUUACCCCACACGUGUUUGCUUUUCUGUGUGUGGUUAGAAGUUUGUUGUGAAGUUCACAUCCGACAGGAGAUUGAAAGCGCUAUAUUCAAUCAUGAAUAGGAUCAUGACAAAAUAUUUGGCAGAGACGUUCAUUUCCACCCCUGAGUGUUCAUAGUGUUUUGUAAUGAAACCUGCAAAACUUGAAUUGUAUUUGUACAGCUCCAGCUCAGAUAUUUUCACCCGCUCUUCUUUCCAACUUGAGAAACGUAUGGAGGAAGCCAUUUUAGCUGCGUCAAAGGAGGUUGUCUCUGUCCCUUGUCUCUGUGAAGCAGGGCUGGAGGUUGUGAUAGGGUUGGAGAGUUGACUGCAGGGCUGGAGGUUGUGAUAGGGUUGGAGAGUUGACUGGAGGUUGUGAUAGGAUUGGAGAGUUGACUGGAGGUUGUGAUAGGGUUGGAGAGUUGACUGGAGGUUGUGAUAGGGUUGGAGAGUUGACUGGAGGUUGUGAUAGGGUUGGAGAGUUGACUGCAGGGCUGGAGGUUGUGAUAGAGUUGGAGAGUUGGCUGUAGAGCUGGAGGUUGUGAUAGGGUUGGAGAGUUGACUGGAGGUUGUGAUAGGGUUGGAGAGUUGACUGCAGAGCUGGAGGUUGUGAUAGGGUUGGAGAGUUGGCUGGAGGUUGUGAUAGGGUUGGAGAGUUGACUGCAGGGCUGGAGGUUGUGUUAGGGUUGGAGAGUUGGCUGGAGGUUGUGAUAGGGUUGGAGAGUUGACUGCAGAGCGCAUUGUCCUCUCAUUCAUUGUUCUCUGAGAAAAAUACCUUCAUCCUGUUAUUUCAUGCUAGUUGGUUUGAGAGGAAAAAACAAUGAGGGAGACUUGAGUCUAGUGACAGGGAUAUGCUAAAACUACUUAAAGCCAUAUUCUGUUUUUAAUGCAUGUGGUUGCUUUGUAGGCUUAAGAUGUCCCCCCCCCCCCCCCUUCUCUGUAACCUCUGUGUUUACUUCCUCUACAAGUUUACUUUAUUCUGGUGGCUUUGGUCCCAAAAGUUGGGUUUCCACUCAAAGUUUGUGUUUUGGUCCUGGUUAGGAAUCUGGGCCUGUGAGACAUUAUCUGCACUUACUCAGUUAGUAGGGGUUAGCAUCAGGAGUGCAUUUAUUAGUCGGAGUCUGUUGCAAAAAGUUUUGCAAUGAAACCUGUUUACUGUUGUAAACCGGCAAAAUGGAACAAAACAGAGAGGACUACCUGAACUUGUACAAUAGAAACUAAUUUUGAUUGAUAUAAGUUUUACAUUUGCAACGGAAUCCGAGUGAUGAAUACACCCCAGCGUUUGAACUCCUUUGUGCUGUUUGUUAAGAGUCCUCAUCACCUCCGCUGCUUUUAUACCAUUUUAACUGAAGCUUGUGGCCACAAUGACAAAUAAUGAAACUUGAUGUAGGCCUAAUCAAUGUUUUACAUCCACAUUUGACAUUACAUGCUUGAUGACUGACGGUUGCCAUAGUUGUGCACUUUCAUGUGCUCUCGUCAAAAUGCUAUGAGAUCUUGUGGAGGCUUCUGGAGAUGGCAUCUAGCUAGUCAAAACGCUAUGAGAUAUUGUGGAGGCUUCUGGAGAUAGCAUCUAGCUAGUCAAAACGAUAUGAGAUCUUGUGGAGGCUUCUGGAGAUAACAUCUAGCUAGUCAAAACGCUAUGAGAUCUUGUGGAGGCUUCUGGAGAUAGCAUCUAGCUAGUCAAAACGCUAUGAGAUCUUGUGGAGGCUUCUGGAGAUAACAUCUAGCUAGUCAAAACGAUAUGAGAUCUUGUGGAGGCUUCUGGAGAUAGCAUCUAGCUAGUCAAAACGCUAUGAGAUCUUGUGGAGGCUUCUGGAGAUAGCAUCUAGCUAGUCAAAACGCUAUGAGAUCUUGUGGAGGCUUCUGGAGAUAGCAUCUAGCUAGUCAAAACGCUAUGAGAUCUUGUGGAGGCUUCUGGAGAUAGCAUCUAGCUAACCUUAAACCCUUGGCACUGGUCAUGGUCGGUUGAUUUGUUCAAAUCCGUUAUUUCCUCAUGACAUGCUGCUGUUUGUUGAGGUGCUUGCCGUAUUCAGGACCAGUUGCUCCCCGUCUCUGUGCCACUAGAAACCAUGCAUGGGUUGUUGGUCUGUCUUGUCAGCUGUUUUGGCAGAGGAAACCGGGAAAGGGUGGUCAAGCAGUCAAACCCUACAUAAAGAACCAGGGAUUUCAAGCAACCAGUUAGUCCAUGUCCUCUUCAAGUGUUCGUUUUUGUCAGUCACAUCCGUGCCCAGUAGUUGGUAUGUUUUAGCAAGUGUAGUUAAUGGAUUAGCUAAUGAUCUGUGUCGUGUACAGGUUUGAGAGGUGCUUGUACAACAACAAAAAAGAACAAACAUAUUUUAUAAAAAAUCUUUUACCAACUGACAGUAGGGUUAAUCCUUUUUAUUUGAUUUUUAUAUGCAAAAUGUUAAGGGCUUUGGCACUCCAUCCACAGUAACCCGAAAUGACCCAUAUUUCAGUUGUGUUGAUUUAAUAAAUUAUGGACCAGUAAAAUGGUGCCCUGAGUGUUCCUCUGUCCUGUACUGUCUAACACUGACCUCAACCUACAGGGCAGUGAAGGGCCUUAAAAACCUGAUUCACCCAUUCACCUUCAGAUCGACACAUUGUAGCGGGAGGCAGAUGGGAUCCUUUCUUCUAAUCAUACCUGGACAUUAGAAACCCCAGCUUACUUCAUUAAUCUAGCCUAUUGUAGAAGGGGUUUGUCCACAGACAUGCUUGGUUUAGAUGUUAUUGUGGUAAGGGCCUAUUUAUCCUGUUCUCUGUGCUUCCCUGCUCAGAUAUUGGAUGGCAUUUCCUUCAUAUUAUCCUCUUGUGGUCAGGGAAAUGCUGCUCAACAACAUUGACAAGACAAAGGAGGCCUACUUAAAGAGAUAUAUUGGCCUAGUAGUUUGUCACGAAAACAGUUUUCAGAGAACUGUGGGACAAGCUUUCCCUGUUGUUGAACAAUCGGGUAACCAUUUUCUGGUCCAUUCAAUACAGCACAACCUGAAUAUUUUUCUGCUGCAAAAUCAAGUCCACCAUUCUCUUUUACAUACUUACCGAUCGAUAUAUGUACACACAAAUGCAGUCCAUUCUGUUGCAUGUGUGUGUAUAAAACAUACAGUAUGGUUUAAUCCCUGACAUCGAAGGCUUAGAGACUUGUAUAAAUCAUCAUAAAUAAAUAAAAUGGUGCUAUUGGACCUCAUGUUGGGGCGGUCGCAGGUUUCGUGACUGGUCAUGCGAACUCAUCGAUCAUAUCCAACUUAUUAUCCUUGAUAUAUGCAGAUCUGUUCAACAGGUGUUUUUUUCCUACCAGUGUAAGUCAACACCCUGCAGGUUUGAAAGGACAAGAAGUCACUACUAAUCCCCCUCCCCCCAACUCCCUGCCUCAUGGCCUGGGGGUUAAAGGUAUAGUCUGUCGUUCAGUAGAUCGUGGCAUCAGAAGGGGGCAUUCGCUCCUGGGCUGGGACAGUAAAUAGUUGGAGUAAAAGGGGUCUAUCGCCCCUCCUCUCCAGUCUCCCAUCGUAAGCUCCUUUCCCUGUCCAGCCCACGAUUGGAUGUUCCUCUUAGAAGCACACCCAUAACACUUCAUGUUUUACUCUGUUAAAUCGUGAGUUUUUAUAGCUGUCCUGUAUCAUUUACUCAUCCAUGGAGUUGAUUAUCAGCUUAAAGGUCAUCUGACAGAAGGUUCUCACUCAACUCUGGCUCUUACAAACUCCCUCAAAGGAAGUCGUGCUUCUCAUGUAAUAUUGUCAUUCAUGUAGCCCUCUAUAACAGUGGUUUCUUUAAGCUGGACAUGAGUGUGGGUUUAGUUGGCAGGUUUAGUGAGCCAGAUGAGUGAUUGCUGAUAUCAUCAGGUUGCUCACAUAAUUAUUGUAUUUGACUUGGACAAUUUGUUGCCAUUCAUGAAUCACUCUUCCUUAUGACCGUAAGUGUAUCAUGUAACGUAAUUUUAACAUGGAAAUGACUGAACGUAAAGGUUCAUGAAUAUCAAUAAAUCUCAGUCAAAUGUCAUGUGAUUUUCCUGGUGUCCUUCAAAAGAUUAUUCUGACUGCUAAUUUGCAGUUAGUUUAAACACACCUCUGCCCAUGGACGAGUGACCAUUGUUCAUACUGACACAACUGGGAUAAUGUGUAAAGACUAUGUCAUUUGGUUCCAUUGCCCGGUUUAGCCCCUGCAUUCCUUGUAUGUGUACCGGUAUGCAUAUAUUUUUGUGGAAUACUUAAGCUCCUAUUACCUUUGUAUGUUCAACCGAACCAAAGAUGCCUCUGCCCCAUAGAGAUGUAUAGAGAUCAUAACAUGGAAGUAACCUGUUUUUGCAUGGACAUUUAGGGCUUCCUCCAUUUUAAAAUGGUCAACUGGGUGGAGAUUCCUAUGGGUUGGGAGUGAUCGACCAAUGAGCAGAGCAUUGUUUUCUUCUUCAAAUUAGUUUGUAAUUGGCUUUAAGCUAUAUGACUGCCAUCUAGCGGCCACAAUAAAUUGAACACAAUUUGGUUCAAGACUCCAUCACUGCAUGCAAGUCACCAAUGUUAGCUUUACACCUUUUUCAAACAUCAAAAGAAGAAAAAAAAUUGACUACUUUAAAAUGGAGAAAGCCUCAAUGGCACUGUGCAUGCUGUCACAGACGCCAUAAUGUCAUAGAUACAACGUAGCGAUUUCUAUACAUCUCUAUGUUCUGGCCAAGUCCAAAUGCUGCUCUUCAGGCCUGGCUUCCUGUCCUUCCAAAAAACACCCCUGCAAGAGACAAAAUGUUAUUUUGUUCCGUCUGUUUCAGAUUUUUUUAAUCUGUUUUUUUUGUACGAUUUCUAACUUGUCUUUUGAUUUCUUUAGCAACCUCUUAUUCAAUGAAUUUCAUUGAUUAUGUCUGAAGCCUUACCCGGCAUCAAGGGCAGUGAAAUUACUUGGUUGCACACAGUUUUUUUAAAAUUUUGUUGUCGUCACUUGUAUUUUCAUUAUUUUCAUUUUUGAAACAAAAGAAAAACCCCAUAGCGUGCCUCCUAGAUGUAUGAGUUUCUGUGUUUCUUUCCUAAAGACCAGCAGUUAUACUUUAUAUAAAAGAUGAGUUUGUCCUUAUUUUUUACGCCGUUAAAGAUGAAAAAAGACCUCUUUUCUUUACUCUGGACCCAGUAGCUGCACUGGUAUACAAUCGCACUAAUAGAUAAACAAAAAAAAUACAAAUAAAAGAAUCAAUAAUAAAUGAAAUAAGAACUACAAUAAACUUGUGUUUGGAACUUUUAUAAGAUUUACUAAAAUAAAAUAAAUGACUGUUUUUGUACAUCAAAAUCUAUUAUUUUCCCCAAAACUAUUUUGGAUCUAGUUUCUAAAUUAUUUGAGUUGUUUUCUAUGUUCUGAAAAUGUGUCGCUGUGCAGAGCAACUGUCUCUGCUGUGGUGGCAUGACGGGGCGCGGGGUUGCCUGGUGUAACCCCUCACACCCACCUUUUUAUUUCUUCUACUUUUCAUUUUUGGUUCCGUAUCUUUCUCUGCUUUAGUAACUUAAAUGUUGAUGGAAUAAUAUGAACUGGGGGGGGGGGGGGGGGGGGGGGAGAGACUCCUUUAGAGCUAGAGUCUCCUUCCUCUCCCAUUGAAUUGCUGUUAGUGUGAUGAGACUUGGAAAUGAGCAUUUAUGAUAGUAUGGCUCCAAAAAAAUACAGAAAAUGAAAAAUGUUUUUAAAAAAUGUGUGGGGAGGGAGAAAAUCUUAUAUAUAGAUGGGUUAUCAGUGGGUAUGUGAGCAAUGGCUGUGGAUAUGAUCAUGUAGUUUUAAACAUUGUUAUUACCUUUUAAAUUCAUUUAGCCAAUAAAAAUGAAUAAAACCACGUGAAAAGAUAAA